CUUUUUGGCAUAAAGUGCUCUUUAUGUUUUCUGGGGUUUCUCAAAUGCAUUGAGUCUUCUGAAGGAAUUUUUUUUCUCUCCAAAGUCUGUUAAUAAACAUUGGUUUCUGUUGUGAAAUAUGUUACGAAUUGUUGGGAUUGGAAAAAUAAGCUAUAAAGUCAUCUAAGUUUUUGGUGAAAAAUACUCCUUGUUUGGCUCAAGAGAAGAUCUGGGUUUUGGAUUUUUCAGUACGUACGAACCGAUGAUCAGAAACAAAGUGAGCAACAUUACCAUUUUGGUCGGUUCUAGUGUUUGUGUGUUCUUACCGUAUCCCGGAAGUUGAUUCCGGGUGAAUCUAAGCAGUUAUGUGGUGGGUUUACGAAGGAAGUACUGGGGGUGUGUAAUGUGCCGUUGGUGGUGAAUGCUUGUCUGCAGAUUGGAGAGAAAAGUAAAAAUGGGUUUUCAGCAAUUGGUUUGGUAUUGUCAUCCCGUUGCAGAGGGAGUCUGGGAAAAAGUAACAGAUACCACUUUGGGCGCUUAUACACCAUGUGUUAUUGAUUCUGUUGUGGUUUGUAUCUCUCAUUUGUUUCUUCUGGGCUUGUGCUUCUACCGGACUUGGCUAAUUAAGAAUGCUGGUGAAGUCCAUAGGUAUCGUCUUAGAUCAAAUUACUGUAACUACUUAUUGGGCUUGUUUGCUGGCUAUUGUACCGCUGAGCCGUUGUUCAGAUUGUUUCUGGGUAUUUCAAUAUUUAACUUGGAUGGGCAGACCGAUCUUCCUCCCUUUGAGGUGGUUUCAUUGAUUGUUGAAGCUGUUGCUUGGGCCUCCAUGUUGGUUUUGAUUGGUUUAGAAACUACAAUCUACAUCAGAAAACUUCGGUGGUUUGUCCGGUUUGGAGUGGUUUAUGUCUUAUUAGGGAAUGCUGUAGUGUUCAAUCUCAUUCUUUCAAUGGUGGAUUUCUACACUAGAUCUGUGCUGUAUCUGUACCUCAGCACUUUUGUCAUUCAGAUAUUAUUUGGAGUGCUUCUUCUUGUUCACAUUCCUGAUUUGGAUCCUUACCCUGGCUACACAAUGUGGAAUGAGUCUCUUAACAAUACCGAGUAUGAAGCACUUAAUGGAGGAGAGAAUAUUUGUCCAGAGAGGCGUGCCAACAUAUUUUCUAGGAUUUUUUUUGGAUGGAUGACACCAUUGAUGCGGCAAGGCUAUAAAAGACCUAUUACCGAGAAGGACGUCUGGAAGCUAGACACAUGGGAUCAGACUGAGACAUUGAUUAAAAAGUUUCAUAUUUGUUGGGCCAAAGAAUCUCAAAGGUCUAAACCUUGGAUUUUACGUGCCUUAAAUCAUAGCCUGGGAGGAAGGUUCUGGUUUGGAGGCUUAUUCAAAUCAAUGGAACGUGGUGAUCCAGCAUGGAUUGGCUACAUUUACGCGUUCUCAAUUUUUGUUGGGUUGACAGUUGGAGUGCUGUGUGAAGCUCAGUAUUUUCAAAAUGUUAUGCGUGUUGGUUUCAGGCUAAGAUCAACUCUGGUGGCUGCUAUAUUUCGCAAAUCCUUAAGAUUAACUCAUGAGGGUCGGAAGAAGUUUCCAUCUGGAAAGAUAACAAAUCUGAUGUCAACAGAUGCUAAUGCACUUCAGCAAAUAUGCCAACAACUUCAUGGUCUAUGGUCUGCCCCGUUUCGAAUUAUCAUCGCUAUGAUUCUUCUUUACCAGCAACUAGGCACAGCAUCACUUCUUGGUUCCUUAAUGUUAGUUCUAAUGUUCCCUAUACAGACAUUUAUCAUAAGCAAAAUGAGGAAACUGUCCAAGGAAGGAUUGCAGUGUACUGAUAAAAGAGUUGGGCUAAUGAAUGAAAUUUUGGCUGCAAUGGACACCGUGAAAUGUUAUGCAUGGGAGGAGAGUUUUCAAUCUAAACUUCACAGCUUGCGGAAAGAUGAACUGUCAUGGUUCCAGAAAGCGCAACUACUGUCAGCGUGUAACACUUUCAUACUCAACAGUAUUCCAGUUCUUGUGACAGUGACAUCAUUUGGGAUGUUCACUUUGCUUGGUGGGGAUUUGACACCGUCGAGGGCUUUUACAUCACUUUCCUUGUUUGCAGUGCUACGGUUUCCAUUAAACAUGCUUCCAAAUUUGAUAACACAGGUUGCAAAUGUUAAUGUGUCAUUGCAACGGCUGGAGGAACUAUUAUUAGCUGAAGAGAGAAUCCUUUUGCCUAAUCCACCUCUUGAACCAACACUCCCUGCCAUCUCAAUCAAGAACGGAUACUUUUCAUGGGACUCUAAGGUAGAGAAGCCCGCACUAUCAAAUAUCAAUUUGGACAUACCAGCCGGUAGUCUAGUUGCAGUUGUUGGUGGUACUGGUGAAGGAAAGACUUCGCUUCUAUCAGCAAUGAUUGGGGAGCUUCCGCCGGUAGCAGAUGCAAAUGUUGUCAUCAGAGGAACUGUUGCAUAUGUUCCUCAAAUUUCAUGGAUCUUCAAUGCUACUGUGCGUGAAAACAUCUUAUUUGGUUCUAAUUUUGAGCCUGAUAGAUACUGGAAGUCAAUAUAUGUAACAGCAUUGCAGCACGACCUUGACUUACUUCCUGGUAAUGACCUUACAGAAAUUGGUGAAAGAGGGGUUAACAUUAGUGGAGGGCAAAAGCAAAGAGUUUCCAUGGCUAGGGCUGUAUAUUCCAAUGCAGAUGUAUACAUAUUUGACGAUCCAUUAAGUGCUCUAGAUGCCCAUGUUGGUCGACAGGUUUUCUACAACUGUAUCAAAGAAGAAUUGCAAGGGAAAACCAGAGUGCUUGUCACAAACCAGUUACAUUUUCUUCCUCAGGUUGAUAAAAUUGUAUUGGUAUCUGAAGGAAUGGUCAAAGAGGAGGGAACAUUUGAGGAACUUUCUAGAAGCGGUACACUGUUCCAAAAGCUUAUGGAGAAUGCAGGGAAGUUGGAAGAACAUGUAGAUGAAAGGGAAGAAGGUAGCGAUCCUGAUUAUCAAUUGAUGAAGCCUGUUGUUAUGCAGAACAGGUUUCCAAAAGUUGAAAACUCAAAACACAGAAGGAAAGAAGGAAAAUCUGUUCUUAUCAAGCAGGAAGAACAGGAGACAGGUGUUGUCAGUUGGAAAGUCUUAAUGAGAUAUAAAGAUGCUGUAGGAGGUUUAUGGGUUGUUAUGAUACUCUUUGCAUGCUACAUGUCAACUGAAGUUCUUAGAGUGUCGAGUAGCACAUGGUUAAGUGCUUGGACAAAAGAAAGGAGUUCAACAAGUAUCGGAUCGGGUUUCUUCAUUUCGAUUUAUGCAGUUUUGUCAUUUGGUCAGGUGAUUGUGAGUUUGGCAAACUCCUUUUGGCUGAUCACAUCAAAUCUUAAUGCAGCUAGGAGAUUGCACGAUACAAUGCUAAAGUCAGUGCUCAGAGCUCCUAUGGUAUUCUUCCAUACCAAUCCAAUUGGACGAGUAAUCAAUCGAUUUGCAAGGGAUAUGAGCGAUAUAGAUCGCAAUGUUGCCAAUGCUCUUAAUAUGUUUCUUGGCCAACUUUUUCAGCUUCUGUCAACCUUUGUGUUGAUUGGCAUUGUGAGCACCAUUUCCCUCUGGGCCAUAAUGCCACUUUUGAUUUUGUUUUAUGCGGCCUAUCUCUAUUAUCAGAGCACAAGCCGGGAAGUAAAACGGUUAGAUUCCAUUACCAGAUCUCCGGUGUAUGCACAGUUUGGAGAAGCUUUAAAUGGUUUGUCAACAAUUCGUGCCUUCAAAGCAUAUGAUCAGAUGGCCAACAUUAAUGGAAAAUCUAUGGAUAAUAAUAUCAGAUUCACCCUUGCCAACAUAAGCUCAAACCGCUGGGUUACCAUAAGAUUAGAAACAUUGGGAGGCAUCAUGAUAUGGUUCACUGCAACCUUUGCUGUCAUGGGGUAUGGAAGAGCAGAAAACCAGGUGGCAUUUGCAUCUACAAUGGGUUUGCUUCUCAGUUAUUCUUUAAACAUCACGAAUCUACUGGGUAAUGUUCUAAGACAAGCAAGUAGGGCUGAAAAUAGCUUAAACGCUGUUGAGCGUGUGGGCACAUAUAUGGACUUGCCAUCUGAGGCUCCAGCCAUCAUUGAAAGCAAGCGUCCAUCACCUGGAUGGCCUUCAUUAGGAUCAAUUGAAUUUAAAGAUGUUGUCCUACGUUACAGGCCUGGUCUUCCUCCAGUUUUGCAUGGACUGUCCUUCACAAUCUCACCAACUGAGAAGGUUGGCAUAAUUGGAAGGACAGGUGCAGGGAAAUCGAGCAUGCUUAAUGCUUUAUUUCGGAUUGUAGAACUAGAAAGAGGAAAAAUCUCUAUUGAUGAUUGUGACGUUGCAAAGUUUGGGCUCACAGAUCUGCGUAAAGUUUUGAGUAUUAUACCACAAUCACCAGUUCUUUUCUCAGGGACUGUCCGGUUCAAUCUUGAUCCUUUCAGUGAACACAGUGAUGCUGACCUUUGGGAGGCCUUAGAGCGUGCUCAUCUAAAGGAUGUCAUCAGAAGAAGUGCUUUUGGUUUGGAUGCUGAGGUGUCAGAGGGAGGGGAGAAUUUCAGUGUUGGACAGAGGCAACUACUGAGUCUUGCUCGAGCAUUAUUGCGUAGGUCAAAGAUACUUGUUCUUGAUGAAGCAACUGCUGCUGUUGAUGUCAGAACAGACACCCUUAUCCAAAGAACUAUUCGAGAAGAAUUCAGAUUGUGCACCAUGCUCAUCAUUGCUCAUCGACUGAAUACCAUUAUAGACAGUGAUCGGAUUCUGGUGCUCGAUGCUGGUCAGGUUGUAGAAUAUGAUACCCCAGAGAAACUUUUAUUGAAUGAAGCAAGUGCUUUCUCUAGGAUGGUUAAAAGCACGGGCGCUGCAAACACACAGUAUUUACGCAGCUUAGUACUCAGAAGAGGACGAGAUAACAAGUCCCAGGGAGAAGAGGCCGUGCAUAUCAAUGGUCAGAGGAGAGGCGUAGCUUCUUCCUACUGGGCUGCUGCAGCACAGUUUGCUCUUGCUACUAAUCUCACUGCUUCACAGAAUGACCUACAACCCUUGGAAAUGAUUGAUGAGAAGAAUAUCAUCAAGGAAACAAAGGACGCGGUGACAACUCUGCAGGAAGUUUUAAUGGGGACACAUGACGAAGUCAUUGAAAAUACACUAAAUAAGCACCACUUUGCCAGAGAUAGAUGGUGGUCAGCUCUCUACAAAGUUAUUCAAGGUCUUUCUAUAAUGAGCAGGUUAGCUCAGAAUGGGCUUCGGCAAUCAGAAAAUGGUUUUGAAGAUGAUCAUCUGAUCGGGAACCAUGUUGAAAUGUGAGGAGCAAACAGUGCAUGCAGUGGUUCAAAUGCAAAGCUCAAUGCGGAUAAUACAAGUUCAUAAUCUAUAUCAGAUUGUGCAAGCAAGUAAUAUGGACAGGCUCUUCAAUGUCAAUAUCUUCCUUGGUUUCUUUGUUCUGAUUCAAAUCAUUCCGUUUCCCUCGUUUUUUCUUUUGGUGGGGUCGACUCAAUAACUUGGCAAUAUCUAAAGUUUUUAAUCCCUUGGCAGAAGUAAUCAUUGUAAUGAAAAGACGUUGGCUUCCCUUUCUUAAUUGAUGCUGAAAGGCAGCCAUUGCUAUUUUCCGGUGGCAA